ACAUCCGUUUACUUCGAAUGAAAUAAUAUAAUCAAUAGUAUAUAUAUCAUGGUUGAUAAGUUGUUCUGUACCCACUUCGUAUUUCUCUUUGAUCGUGGUUUGCUUGUUUAUUAUAAUUCUUACCUGGUGAACUCCGUCUAAGACCAAUAACUAUCAAAGAUGGUGAAAAAGAAGAAUUGUGACAUUUGUUCAGAGAAGAAUAUAAAUCCAGGCCAUGAACAAACAGAAAAACAUCAAUGGAAUGAGAUUCUUCAUGUAUAUUCAUCGAAUAAAAAUAAGUUUGCAAAAAACCGAAAUGGUAUUAUCGUAGAAUGUGACGUUAGAUCUUCAUUUUCUAUGCAUAAAAAAAAUACUGAUGCGAGAAUAGCAUUAUCGGCAAAACCUACCGAAGAAGUGCAGUUCAAUUUUACAAUAAUAAAUAACAAUACGACUGAUAUUAUUCGUAUAGAUUUCAUACAAAUGCUACAUUCGAAGACGAACUUUCAUUUAAAUUAUCAUUUAGAUUUGCAACCGUUAAAACCAGGAACACAAAUUAAAAAAGCAGUCUCUAUAAAAUUUAAAUCUGCCCAUAUUGGUCAAUAUGAAGUACCGGUUUUCUUUUCAUUCCACGACAUAAGAACAAGGAAAAACAUUAUAAUAGUGCGAGAUGUGGCGGUCUAUGUUGAGGAGACUCAGAGCAUUCAUGAGAAAGAAAUAAGUCCUUAUUCCAAAAAAGAAGUGCUAGCAAGGGUUUUGGUAAAAAAAAUUAUGCCUAGGUACAACGACGACAAGCAUCGAAUUCCGCCACAGUUAAAAACAAUAUUCACAAGUGGCCUACAUGUAAAUGACAAAGCACCAGAAGAUGAAAUAGCAAAAGUUAAAAGUAUCAAGGAUGUAUUCGAUAUUGGUGUAACCAAAGAUAAUUACAAAAAAUAUUUUCAAUAUUUAUUAUGGUACGAAGAAGCAGUUGUGAAAUCAAAUUAUAAGAAUUACAAUAUGUCGGAUGUUACUAUACAACAAAGUGAGGCACAUAAUAGUUACUACCUAGCAGUCCCUGGACUAGCAGUGAAGCGGCCAUCAUUACUAUCAGGUGACCUGUUGUUUGUUAAACCGGUAAAGGCCAACAUAAUGUUUGAAGCUAUGAUCACUGCAAUAAAGGAGUGUAACAUAAUAGAAAUAAGUGGCUUGAACUCUGAUUUUAAAAAUUACUACAAUCAAAAUGCUCUAUUUGAUAUUCGAUUCUUUUUGUCUCGACUCACACUGGAACGAAUGCAUCAUGCAAUUACUAAUAUUCAACAAAUGGGACACGAAGGUCGUAUAUUUCCCGAGAGAAAUCCUAAAAUUCCAGUGGUACAGAGUAUUACAAAAUUCUUCAAUCCGCUGGUUCGAGACAACAAAGAACAACGCACGGCAGUGGAACAUAUAGUAUCGGAGACGUCUGGGAUCGCGCCUUAUUUGAUACACGGGCCUCCCGGUACCGGCAAAACUGUUACCAUUGUGGAGGCUAUUCUUCAGUUGGUGUUGAAAAAUUCUAAAAAUAGUAUUCUUGUAUGCACCGAUUCCAAUAACUCUGCUGAUUAUAUUGCAACCAUGUUGGUGAAGUACGUCAACUAUUUCCCUGACAGGAAGGGAAAAUUACUUCUUCGCGCAAACUCGAGAUUUAGAACAUGGGAUAUACCAGAAGCUCUUAAAUCAUAUUCUAAUGGUAUGACGUCUUCUGAAUACAAAAAUGUGCCUAUAACCAAAUUUAGGUCCUACAACAUUGUUGUGACAACCCUGUCACACGCUGCUAAAUUCGCCAAGCAGCUCAGAAAUGACAAACCUCACAUUACACACCUGUUCAUUGAUGAAGCGGCUCAAGCUAGUGAGCCUGCGUGCCUUAUUCCAGCAAGUGGGUUACUUCAUCCAAAAGGUUUAUUGGUACUAGCUGGCGAUCCACUCCAACUUGGUCCUGUCGUUAUAUCACACAAAGCGAAGGAAAUCGGACUUGGUUUAUCGCUGAUGGAGAGACUUAAGAGUAAAUGCAGUUUGUACAGCGACGCAAGAAAUGAUCCAAACUAUAUUGUGAUGCUCCGUAGUAAUUUUCGGUCCCAUCCCGAUAUACUGCAAAUACCAAACGAUCUGUUCUACAACGGACAACUAAGGUGUAUGUCUAACAUGGAUCGUUUAAGCCAAUUGGAUAUCCUAGGUGUGAAAAGUCAGAGUAGAGCAAUUGUCUUCCAUAGCGUAAUUUCCAAGGAACAACGACUUGGCAAGUCACCCAGUUUCUUCAAUAUAAUGGAAUUAGAAGUAGUACGACACUAUGUUUUAUCUCUGAUAAAACGUCACAAAAUACCACAAGAGGAUAUAGGAAUCAUCUCGCCAUACAUAAGACAGGUACACAAAAUUAAAGAUUGGCUAGAAGAGCAAGGCUAUUAUAAUAUCGAAGUUGGAACUGUGGAAGCCUUCCAGGGCCGUGAGAAGAGAAUUGUGAUUAUAACAACAGUGCGAGGUAAAUGCGACUUUACAAAGAGCGCUGGAAAGUUCAAAAUAGGUUUCCUCAGUGACCCAAAGAGAUUUAAUGUCGCAUUGACUCGGGCAAAAGCAAAGACUAUUAUUAUCGGCAACCCUAUAAAUUUGCAGAAGGAUCCGAUGUGGAAUACGUAUAUAAAAAGCUGUCGCCAAAUGGGUACAUUUUUAGGAUACAAUGUUGAACCUCUGGACGAGCAAAUACAACGAUCUAUUGUAGAUCAAAUCAGUCCUUUGUUAAGUGAACUCACAAUAUAAUUUGUACGUACCUUCUACAGUUUUAGGUACAAUUGUAAAUACAUGUUUAUGUGACUAGAUGUGUAUAGUACUUAUAGGUAUUAAGUAAUACAUAAUAUCUUUUAAAAACGUAAAUUUUAUACAAAUUAACCAAUAUUUUUGACAAUUUAAAAACACAUUAUCAUAACAGUUUAUUGUGAACUGCAUUGUAAUUUAUAAAUAAGUACUACUAGCAUAGUAUUAAAAUAUCAUUUUAGUAUUAAAAUUUUUUAGUAUUAAAAGAUUUUGUGUCUUAAGAGAUACUGA